GCCAUACCUGAUCUGAGCCGUGGUGAGCCGUGCUAGUCCGUGCCCGCUCUGUGCCCACUGUGCACCAUGGUGGCGGGGAUGCUGAUGCCGCUGGAGCGGCUCCGUGCCAUCCUGGAACUGCUGUUCCGUGAGGGUGUGCUGGUGGCCGAGAAGGACCCGCGCCCACGCCGCACCCACCCGCAGCUGCCCGGGGUGCCCAACGUGGAGGUGCUGCGGGCCAUGGGCUCGCUGCGUUCCCGUGGCCUGGUGAGGGAGACCUUCGCCUGGCGCCACUUCUACUGGUACCUGACAGAUGCUGGCAUCGCCCACCUGCGCCAGUACCUGCACCUGCCCCCCGACAUUGUGCCACGCUCCAUGCAGCGGGUACGGCACCCGGCGCAGCCCCACCGCCGCGUCCCCCACGCCUCUGCCAGCGCCGCUGCCAACACCUCUGCCAAACCCGCUGCCAACGUCUCUGCCAAUGCGUCCACCAAAGUGUCUGCCAAUGCCACCAGCGGCAGCAGCACCGACACUGAUACUGGCACCAGCCGGGCACGCCGUGGUGAGCGGCUCUACCGCAGGAAGGAGGAGGCCGAGGGGCAUGUGGACCCCGGCACUGCCAUGGGGGGAGUGUCCCAGCUGCCCCCUCCCGAUGCUCCCCCAGUUCCAGCCAGCCCCGUUCCAAGUUUCCAGCUCCGUGACUCACCAGAGGGGGGGCGGAGGGGGAGGAGGCCGAUCCCAUGGGUCCCACAUCGCGGCCCCCCCAUCCCGAGGCCCCCCACCCCCUCCGCGGCUCCGCUCCGGGUUUUCGGUCCUCCCCCCACCCCGUCGCUGCUCCUGUGGGAAAACCCGGCCCGGAGCCAGGACCGGGACGGCGCGAACCCGGUGACGGCGCCGCUUAUUUAUAUCCACCCCCCCGCUGCCCACCCCCCGCUGCCGGUACCGAGCUAG